AUGGAUAAAUAUAUUAUUGAUCAAAAUCUUGGCUUAGAUACACUUGCCGAACGAAUUAUUGUUCGACAAAAAGAAUCAAAUAAAACUUAUUUAUUGUCAAAAAUGGAAUUAAUGGAUAUGGCAACAACUGCUGUAGCAUAUCAAGAAUAUCUUCCUUUAUUGAACUUAUCAUAUGAAAAUGUUUCAUUAUAUUUUGAUAUAUUUACAUCCGUUGAACAUAAAAUUAGUGCAACAUUUAUUAAUCUUAUAUCUGAAUAUUUUCCAAUGGGAAAUCUUGAUAUAUAUUUACAAAAAUUACGAAAUAAAAAAAGUGUACUUAAUAAUCAAUUAGUUGAUAUGUGGUUUGCACAAAUUUUAGAUGGUUUAAUGUUUUUAUGGAAUCAAAAUAUUAUUCAUCGAAAUUUAAAACCAGAUUGUAUUUAUUUAUGUGGUGAAAAUAAUGAAGAAAAUUGUUCAGUAAUUAUUGGUGAUAUAAUUCCAUCAUCUGUUGCUUAUGAUCUUCGUAUGCGAACACGAUUACCUCGUCGUGCUCUUUCGUAUACAGCACCAGAAAUAUUGGAAUCAGGACAAUAUACAAUACAAUCGGAUAUAUAUUCAUUGGGUUGUAUACUUUUGGAUAUGAUUACUUGUGAUACAUUAACAGAUGAAGAAACAUUACAAUUACGUAUUUGUGCUCGACAUGAUGCUAGUACAUUAUCUGAAACUCUUGAAAAUUUACAAAAUGUACAUGAAACAAUAUCAACAUUGAUCGGUCAAAUGGUAGUUCCAAAUCCUGAAGAACGUCUCAAAGAAGAAGAUUUCCUACAUAAUGAAUAUAUUAUUGAAAAUAUGCAUAAUAUUGAUUCAAGUCAAAUGAAAUAUCCAUCUCAUAGUGAUAAACAACAAACUCGUAAUGAUUUAGGAAAUAAUGAAAAAUUUGAAUAUUAUCUUGAUUAUUUAAAACAACAUCGUAAUGCUGAAAGUCGUAUUGAAUAUGCAAUUCAAUUAUGUAAUCGAUCAAAAUCAGUUGAUUUAUCAUCAUUGGCAAUAUGUUUUCAAAAAGAUAUAAUACCUAUUGUUGAACAUUUUCUAUCAAAUUCAAAUAUAGUUCAAAAUACACUUGAACUUUUAGUUAAAAUAAUUCAUAAUGAUAUGAUAAUUACAUCACAAACUGUAACAUUUGUUAGAAAAAUGAUACCUUUAUAUGAAAAUAAUGAAGAUAUAAUUAAAAAAAUAGCUGAUAUACUUAUAGUUCUUGCAACACAAGAUGCAAAACUUUUGAAUAAUGCACGAAUAGCUUCACAUUUAGUUCAAAUAAUGACUAAACAUGAACAAAAUGCUGAUGUUAGUGCAAAAUGUUGUACACUUCUUUGGCUUAUGGCAAAAGAUUCAAUGACAAAUGAACUUCGUGGUCAUCAAGCAACAAUUCUUAGUAUUUUUCUAAAUAUUCUUCAAAAUCAUCCAGAUAAUAGUGACCUAUUUACAAAAGUAUGCUUUGCCUUUUUACCAUUUAUUUUUGAAAAAUCAACUGUUGAUUAUUUAGUACAAUUUAAUCUUGUACGUUAUUUUACAAUUGGUUUACAACAACAUAAUGAUAAUCGUGCUGCAAUUAAAGCUGCACUUACAGUUUUAUCUGAAUUAUUCAAACUUGAUGAACGCUGUGUAAUGCGUUUUCUUUGUAGUCGUUCAAAUGAUGGUACACUUCUAGAUUCAAUGGAAAUUUUAAAUAAAAUAUUUGAUCGAUUUAAAAAUCAUGUGGACAUUCCACGAGGAAUAUUAACAUUAUUAAAAUCAAUGUCACCUUAUGAUGAUGCUAUUGAUGAAAUGAUAUCAACAAAAAUUGAUGAAAAUUUACUAUAUGAAAUAAAACGUUUUCAUUCAGAAAAUGAUGAUAUUAUACAAACUUGUGAACAUAUUAUGACACGUAUUCGGCAGCGCAAAUCUAUUUCAUAA